AUGUUACUCCUCGGGUCGCCAUCCAUACUAUUGUUUGCUGCUUCAGAAUUUCUCAAGCAUAAUUACCCAGAAACCUAUGCUGUCUGCCACUGGGAUAAGCCGGGCGAGAUGCGGACCCCGUCGCUCGGCUGCCCAUACAACAGAGACGUUUUCGAAACGCCCACACACCGCGGCUGGCUAGCCUUCUACGCCCUUGUCGUCAUCACGCUUCUACAUGGUCUCGUCGCUCAUCGCAACAAGCCGUGGCGUCUGCUGCAAGUCACAUUUUGGCUUCACGUCCUCACCACGGCCAUCAUCCGCUGUCUGUCUACAUUCUCCGGCUGGACAACACAACCCGACUGGGCGAGCUUGAUCUGGAACUCCAACGCACCGGGCAAGUUCAUCUGGUUAUGGCUACUAGUCGAGAUGGGGUGUUGGAGUUGGACAUAUCUCGGCUUUUACGACGACUACUAUUUCCGCGAGGCCACGCGCACCGUCCACGACCGAAGUGGCCACCCUGUAUGGACUUUCACCGUCGACGAGACUGACGCGUUCACCUCUCCCUACAACCUCAUCUUCCGGCCGUGGCGCGACAUAGCUGUUCGACUGUCAUACGUCCACCUCAUUGACAACGCUAUCCACGUCAUUUAG